AUGUUAAAAUUACCUGGAGACGUCAUAUAUGAUCUAAAGAGAGGAAUGCAUGCCGUAAAACGAACUGUAGGAACAUUCAAUGCAGUUGGCUGCGACUUAGCACUGGAACAGUCUCAGAACCGAUCUUCUGCGGUGACUGGAGGUUUAAUUGGUAUCACUAAAAAUGAAGAAGCAAUGCAAAGAUGGUUGCUUCUGUAUCCUUUCAAAAAUAGCGUUCACUCAAUGCUUACAUCAUACCUUGGAAUACAAUCUGACACUACAGGUGACAUUAAUAGUCAUAAUGAAUGGACGCAAUCAAGAAUUAAUACGGACGAAAACGAUGUUGAAAAUAUAAUUAAGUGUUUCAAAGGUUGUAGUCCAUUUACUACUAAUGGGGGAUGUGUGCUUCGCAAUAUUGUCACAGGUGAACUUGCGGAAGAAUCAACUUCGCGAUGCUUAUUGAAUGCUAAAGAAAAUGGGGAGGCUCUAGUAACUGCAUACGAAAAUGAAAGAUUUUUGCAGAAAACUAAAAAAUUAUCGGACUCCAUACAAAAAACUAAAUUUUACAACUUUAAAAACACUCCUUCGAAAUCCAAUAAAAAUGCUCCCAACAAAAAAUUGCAAGACGUAACAGACAUAACAAUUUUCCAAAAAUCAUUCAUGACGGCUUCUCAACGUGGACUUAAUACAAGGAUAUUAGCAUCCCAUUCAACAAAUAUUCCUGCUGAUUGUAAAGCUUUUCUUACUAACACUCAUAAUAAAUUACAACUCGUUCGAUUUCUUUGUGUUAAUGCUCCAAAAUAUGCACAAGUAAAAGAAGACUGUGAGUUGUAUAUUUGUGGGGGAUUCGAUGAUCCAACUAAAUGUUUCAAAUUACAAGGAUCUCUAAUUUGUGAGAUACUCGAAUUACAAUCAAACCAUUUAGAAGCUGAUUCAAGAAUGUUCGUUCACAUUUUUCACGCAGUAAGGAUUCAAUCUGCUCAUAUUAUUAUAAUCAGCGCUGAUACAGAUGUAUUCGUCUUGGCAGUUUAUUUCUGGAAAUACUUAGGAAAUAUUGGCUGUCUCGGUCUAUGGUUUGACGGUUCUCACACGAAGAAAUGCUUUCUAGGAUGCCAUUUGACUGCUAAAUCCCUGGGUGAAAACAUAUGCAAUAUUUUGCCAGCAUUACAUGCUGUGAGUGGUUGCGACACUACUAGCAGAUUUGGUAGUAAAAUGCAAUGGUUGAAAGCUGCGUCUGAAGAUUUUGUACAAACAGCUCUCAUGCCUUUGGGAAACCUUGACCUAAAUGACGAGCAAUUCAAACAGUUAGAAGUAAGAGCAAGUAAUUUGAAACAACCUCUUAAGAAAUGUAAACAGUAA